CUUCUGUCUGUCAUACCUGAAACAUCGUUUACUACUGGAAUAUUUUGCAGACGGUUAACAAUAUGCCUGUAAGUCUCUGUGGUACUUGGGAAGUGGUGAGCAAUGUCAACUUUGAGGGAUACAUGAUUGCUUUAGGGAUCAGUCUGUACACCCGCAAGAUUGCCCUGAAGCUAAAACAUCGUAAAGUAAUCGAGCAGCUGGGGGAUCAAUAUGUCGUCAAGACUCUCAGCACCUUCAGAAACUACACUUUCUCCUUCAGAGUCAACGAGGAAUUCGAAGAGUUCACCAAGGGGCUGGAUGUCAGACACUGCAAGUCUAUGGUGACAUGGGAGGGGAACAAACUGGUAUGCAUUCAAGAGGGCGAGAAGAAGAACAGAGGUUGGUCACACUGGAUAGAGGACGACAAACUCCAUUUGGAGUUGCACUGUGAAGAUCAAGUCUGCAAGCAAGUUUUCAAACGGGUCAUCUGAGGUCCUGCUGUGGUGCUUGCUGUGAAAAAAGAGGGUGUAUUGAUGUAAACAAAGUUGUUUACACUUCAGAGGUCUGAGGAAUGUGAAGAAAGAAGAAGAACCAUGAGUUUCAGCUUCUGCUUCCAAGCCUGACUAAUCAAUCACAUUCAGUGAGAGGCUUGCGGACUGAGCCAGUGUCUAGGAGCAUGGUGGAUAUUGGCACUAGAGGGCGCCUUAAGACCGCGAACAAACAGAACUCAAGUCAACAACAGCUUCCUCACUGGGAAACACUGCAUGCUGUCAGUAGUUGUGCCACCAUUGCAUAAUCAUGUUUACAUGUACAAGAACCAGGUUCACAGAAAUUUAGCAAUAUGUAAUGUGCCUCUGUAUUUGGGCAAGCCAGAAUCAUUAUUUAAAUAUUAUUGCCUCUUUUUAAAUACUUAAUCAUUUUGUAACUGGUUUAGUUUAAUUUUUUUGUUUAUUUUUCACAAUUGUGCUAAGAGUUACAGUUUUUUGUUUAUGUAUGUGAUAGCUAAAUAUGCACACUUUGUUCAUUCAAUUACUUGAAUGCUACACCUUGUUCAAUUACUUGAAUGUCCC